CUGGCCCCGCCCCUUUGCCAGCAGACUCCGGGUGCACGGCAAGUAAAACAGCCGCCGUGCGGGCGUCGGACGGGCAGAAGGCUGCCUCUGCCAAAACCUGGGACAUUGAACUGUGACCGAGUUCACCUGCAGGUCUGCCACAAUGCUGCUGCUGCACAGAGCUGUGGUCCUGGGCCUCAGACAGACUUGCAGAUUCAAGUCUACCCCAUCAAGGCUGUGCUUUCAGGCCUGCUCCACAAAUGAUUCAUUUCAGCCCCAGUGCCCCAGCCUCACCUUCUCUGGAGAUAACUGCAAUACCAGGGGAUGGAGAAUCAUGGGGACCCUGCUAGGCCUCGGUGCAGUGUUGGCCUAUCAUGACCACCGUUGCAGGGCUGCUCAGGAGUCGCCUCGCAUAUACACAAGGGAGGAAGUAAAAUCGCACAGGAGCCCUGAGACUAGGAUCUGGGUGACUCUGGGUUCUGAGGUCUUUGAUGUCACAGAAUUUGUGGACCUACACCCAGGGGGGUCAUCAAAGCUGAUGCUAGCAGCCGGGGGUCCUCUAGAGCCCUUCUGGGCCCUCUAUGCCAUUCACAACCAGUCCCACGUGCGUGAGAUACUGGCUCAGUACAAGAUCGGGGAGCUGAGCCCCGAAGACAAGGUGCCUUCCACCUUGGAGACCUCUGACCCUUAUGCUGAUGAUCCUGUACGUCACCCAGCCCUGAAGGUCAACAGCCAGCGCCCCUUUAAUGCAGAGCCCCCCCCUGAGCUGCUGACGGAAAACUACAUCACACCCAACCCUAUCUUCUUCACUCGGAACCAUCUGCCUGUACCUAACUUGGACCCAGUCACCUAUCGCCUGCGUAUAGUAGGACCUAGAGGUCAAUCACUGUCUCUGUCCCUGGAUGACUUGUACCAGUUCCCCAAGCAUGAGAUCACGGUCACUCUGCAGUGUGCUGGCAACCGGCGCUCUGAGAUGAGUCAGUUAAAAGAAGUAAGAGGUCUGGAGUGGAGCAUAGGGGCCAUUAGCACUGCACGCUGGGCUGGGGCACGACUAUGUGAUGUGUUAGCCAAGGCUGGUCACCAAUUCUGUGAAACUGAGGCCCAUGUCUGUUUUGAGGGGCUGGACUCAGACCCCACAGGGACUGCCUAUGGAGCAUCCAUCCCUCUGUCUCGGGCCAUGGACCCUGAAGCUGAGGUCCUGCUGGCAUAUGAGAUGAAUGGGCAGCCUCUGCCUCGUGACCAUGGCUUCCCUGUGCGGGUGGUAGUUCCUGGUGUGGUGGGUGCCCGCCAUGUCAAAUGGCUGGGCAAAGUGAGUGUGGAACCAGAGGAAAGCUAUAGCCACUGGCAGCGGCGAGAUUACAAAGGCUUCUCUCCAUCUGUGGACUGGGAUACUGUAGAUUUUGACUCAGCUCCAUCUAUUCAGGAACUCCCUGUCCAGUCGGCCAUCACAGAGCCCAAGGAUGGGGAGAUGGUAGAGUCAGGGGAAGUGACUGUCAAGGGCUAUGCAUGGAGUGGUGGUGGAAGGGCUGUGAUCAGGGUGGAUGUGUCUCUGGAUGGGGGCCUAACCUGGCAGGUGGCUGAGCUGGAUAGAGAGGAACAGCGCCCCCGAAAGGCCUGGGCCUGGCGGCUAUGGCAGCUGCAAGCCCCUGUGCCAGCUGGGAAAAAAGAAUUGAAUAUUGUUUGUAAGGCUGUAGAUGACAGCUACAAUGUGCAGCCAGACACCGUGGCCCCAAUCUGGAACCUGCGAGGUGUGCUCAGCAAUGCCUGGCAUCGUGUCCAUGUCCGUGUUGCUCCAUGAGAAAGUGAAAUGGAACCAUCUACUCCCCCAAACCAGUUUCUCAACCCCUUUCCACACCCAUCCUUUAGCCUCAUUAACACAGAAAAAGCUUUCCCUCCAUCUCUCCACUUUUGAAUCACAACCCUGUCCAAUGCCUUCCUAAGCCACACACAGAUAUACAUAUUGCACAUUUCCAAGCAAGCACCACCCUCCUUUGCCACUGUUACAUACCUCUUCUGGCCACUGACCCUAUGCCAGAUGGUGAGAGCUUGUUGGAGCAAGGGGCUGGAAGUGGGAAUAGUAAGCCUGGAAACAAGCACAAUUUUCUCGUCCUACCCCACCUCCACUUCUAAUGCCUAUCACCACUGAGGCCUCAUUUUGCUUUUCUUGGAUUCUUUAAAGAAUGUAUGGAUAUGUGUAAGAAAGGUAUAUAUUGCAACUUUCUAUUGCCUCUCUGGGUUGUCAGGUUGUGAGGGGUGCAACCCUCUUCUUUUAUAAUUCCUUUUCUAAAUAUAUCAAUAAAGCAUCUGUUUAAGACUACAA